AGUUGCUAGAUUGAUACCCUUUCCGGAAGUGGUUGUUGUUCGCUGCAGGGCAACACCCCGGCGUCCCUGGAAGCGGGGAGCCGGGGUGGUGUUGGGGAAGCUGCGCAAAGCCGGGAGCCAGCGCCCAGGGCCUCCGGGGAUUGGGGACAGGCGUUCGAGCUCAGACCAAUCAUGGCCGGAAGACCCAUUCGCAUAGGAGACCAGCUGGUUCUGGAGGAAGAUUAUGAUGAGACCUACAUCCCCAGUGAGCAAGAAAUUCUUGAAUUUGCCAAAGAGAUCGGUAUUGAUCCGGUAAAGGAACCUGAGCUGAUGUGGCUGGCACGGGAGGGGAUCGUGGCCCCACUGCCUGUGGAUUGGAAACCAUGCCAGGAUAUCACAGGUGAUAUUUACUAUUUCAACUUCUCCAAUGGGCAGUCCACGUGGGACCACCCUUGUGAUGAGCACUAUCGGAACCUGGUGAUCCAAGAGCGAGGGAAGCUCUCCACUCCCGGGGUCGUUAAGAAGAAAGAAAAGAAAAAGAAAAAGGAAAAGAAAGACAAGAAGGACAAAGAGACCUCCAGAAGCCCCCUGGCCCUGGGCUCCUCGUUAGCCCCCGUCCACGUUUCUCUUGGGGGCCUGGCUCCGUUACGAGGCCUGGUGGAUGCCCCACCCUCUGCUCUUCGUGGAUCUCGAGGUGUGAGCCUGGGGAACUCGGUGGAGUCCGGUCAGCUCAGGGAACUCUCGCUGCCGUCACAGGGUCUCAAGACGUCUGCUUAUGCAAAGGGGCUCUUGGGCUCCGUCCACAAGGACAAGAAUGCUCUCGGCCUCUUGGCUUUAGGGGAGGAGACCAAUGAGGAGGAUGAGGCGGAGAGUGACAACCAGAGUGCCCGCAGCUCAAGUGAGCUUCUCAAGAACCUGCACCUGGACAUUGGGGCACUGGGGGGUGACUUUGAGUAUGAGGAAUCUCCAAGAACAAGCCAGCCAGAGGAGAAGAAGGACGCUUCUCUUGAUUCAGAUGCUGCCGGCCCCCCUACUCCUGGCAAGCUCUUCAGCCAAGGCGCAGACAGCAGCCUGAGCAGUGCUGAGGGCAAAGAGCGGCCAGGAAGAGGGGCAGCUUGGCUCCCAGAAAAAGAAAAGAAUGAGAAGAAUGAGUCUAGGACGUCCAGGAGACUGGUGGACCCCGGGGGCAAUCAGCCUGCCAAAGCCAAUAAAAAAGAGGCACCAGAGGACCUGGUGGAUGCAGGAGAGAAGGGGUCCAGGAAGGAAGAGACAGCAACGGAGCCAAAGAAGGAGGCUUCUGUCUCCAAAGAGAGCAGAUCAGAGGUGAGUGAAGAUUUGGAGAUUAGUGAACAUGUGAAGGAACUGCAGCUCUCAGACUCCACUGCUUCUGAUCCCAAGUCCUUACCUGGCCUGGACUUCGGUGUUCGCAGCCAGGUCUCAGAGCACCUGCUGGGUGAGGACAUGCUCUCCUCGGUACUGGGUGGAGCCCGCUGGGAGGCCCAGAGGUUGGGAAGAGAAGACAAGGAUGCCAGCCAGUCCAGCCGAGAUGAGCUUCAGAGCAAGCAGUCCAGAGGCUCGGAGAGGUUGUCCCCUCCUCUUCUGCAUGGGGAGCGGCUCCAGAGUCCCCUUCACAGCCCAGCCCCUGAAGAAGGGCCUCAGCAGGGGCAGCCUGAGCGGAAGGAGAUGGAGGAAGCCCCGGGAGGCCUCUCGCCUUCCUCUGGCUUUAACACAGUUGCUUCCUUAUUGCUGUCAAGGGAGGAGGUCCCAAGCCCACCUGCCACCCACGAGAAGGGCAAGGAGCAGCGCUCCCAGGCCCAGGGGCCGGGCCCUGGGCAGGAGGAGGCCGAGGAGCUUGAGGAGAAGGUGGUGGUCAGCCCCACCCCGCCAGUCUCUCCAGAGGCGCGAUUUGCGGAGCCUGCGGCUCCCCGUCCUUCCUCUGCGCAGCCCUCAGAGGCCGUACUGAAGGCCAUGGAAGAGGCAGUGGCCCAAGAACUUGAACAAGACCGGAGGCGGCUCCUGGAGUCCAAGCGAGAGAAGAUGCAGCGGCUGCGGGAGAAGCUGUGGCGGGAGGAGAAGGAGGAGGUCCUCCAGCUUCACCGGCAGAAAGAGAAGUCGCUCAGUUCCCUGAAGGAGCAGCUGCAGAGAGCCACUGAGGAAGAGGAGUCCCGGAUGAGAGAGCAGGAAAGCCAGAGGCUGUCCCGGCUCCGGGCCCAGGUCCAGUCCAGCAUGGGAGCAGAUGAGGACCAAAUCAGGGCCGAGCAAGAGGCUUCCCUGCAGAGGCUGAGAGAAGAGCUGGAGGCUCUGCAGAAGGCUGAGAGGGCCAGCUUGGAGCAGAAAAACAAGCAGACGCUGGAGCAGCUCAGGGACGAGAUGGAGGCUUUGGAGAAGAGAGAGCAGGCUGCCCUGACAGCGGAGAAGGAGAGGGCAUUACAGCAGCUGAGGGAGAAGCUGGAAGGGGAGAGGAAAGAAGCAGUGGCAGCGCUGGAGAGGGAGCACCAGGAGGAGCUAGAGCGGCUCUCUUCCUCCCUGGUGGCCAAGCACAGAGAGCUCAGUGGCCUCCUGAGAGAGAGGCGCCAGGAGGUGGAACGGGAACACGAGAGGAGGAUGGACAAGAUGAAGGAGGAGCACCAGCACGUGGUGGCUGAGGCCAGAGAGCAGUACGAAGCCGAGGAGAGGAAGCAGCGGGCUGAACUCCUGGGGCACCUGAUGGGGGAGCUGGAGCGCCUGCGCAGGGCCCACGAGCGGGAGUUGGAGACCGUGAGGCAGGAGCAGGACCGGCAGCUCGAGGACCUGCGGCGGCGGCACCGGGAGCAGGAAAGGAAGCUCCAAGAUUUAGAGGUGGAACUUGAAACCAGAACCAAAGAUGUCAAGGCCAGAUUGGCUCAGCUGGAUAUCCAGGAGGAGGCGGCCCGGAAGGAGAAGCAGCAGCAGCUCCUUGAUGUGCAGAGGCAGGUUGCGCUGGAGAGUGAGAAAGCCACCACCACCCAUCAGCAGCUGGAGGAGGCGAAGAAGGAGCACACCCACCUGUUGGAGUCAAACCGGAAGCUCCAAAAAAUUCUUGAUGAGCUUCAGGCCCGCAAGUUGGAGCUGGAGUCCCAGGUGGAUCUGCUGCAGACCCAGAGUCAGAGGCUGCAGAAGCACUUCAGUGACCUGGAGGCUAAAGCUCAGAGGAAGCAGCACUUGUUGAAAGAGCCGGCAGUAGAGGAGAGCAGUGCUUCCCCACGUUCCGAGCCAGAUCUCCACAUUGAGGACCUGAGGAAAUCCUUAGGGACAAACCAGCCUAAAGAGGUAGCCUUUUCUCUCCCUGAGAGCAAGGAGGAGACCGACUUGUCCUUGGACGGCGUCCGGCAUUACCUCUCUGCCGAGGGGAUGGCUCUGCGCAGCGCCAAGGAGUUCCUGGUGCAGCAGACACGCUCCAUGCGGAGGCGGCAGACGGCUCUGAAAGCGGCCCAGCAGCACUGGCGCCACGAACUGGCCAGCGACCCCCCAGGCACCAAGGCCCUGGAGGACGUGUGCAAGAACCUGGAGGAGGAGACCAGGCACCUGGAUGAGAUGAGGUCGGCCAUGCGGAAAGGCCACAACCUGCUGAAGAAGAAAGAGGAGAAGCUGCAUCAGCUGGAGUCCUCUCUCCGGGAAGAGGCUGCAGACGAGGACACGCUCAGAGGCCCCCCCACCAAGAAGGUGACCUUUGACCUCAGCGACCUGGAAGACCCGAGCAGCGACAGUUCCGAAUCCUGGCCCCUGCCUCACAUGGGCCCGACCCUGCAUCCCACCUUUCCCCACAAGAUCCACUACCUGAGCAGCUCCCUGCAGCGGAUCAGCAGCCAGCUCAACGGGGUCCUCAGCGUGCUGGGCAGCCUGAACACGCAGCCAGUACCCCCGCUCCUCACCUCCACGCCCGCGCCACUCCCUCCCCGGGCCUCCAGGAGCACCCCCACUGUCCCCUGCCCCUCCUCGGCUCGGGUCUCAGCCUUGUCUUCGGAUACCCCCAUGUCCACCCAGUGGGCCUGGGACCCAGGGCUGGGCCCUAGGCUCUCUUCCUCCGUGGCUCAGACUGUGGACGACUUCCUGGUGGAGAAGUGGCACAAGUAUUUUCCAACUGGCAUCCCGUUCCUCAGCAGCAGCCCUGGCCCGCUGGAGAACAGGCUGGGAUACGUGUCUGCCAGUGAGCAGCUCCGCUGCCUGCAGCGCUCCCAUUCCCAAGUCCCCCAGGCGGGCAGCACCAACUUCCAGGACAUGAUGGAGGCUAACCGAAAGUGGCUGGAACGCUACAGGAAUGACCCCAAGUCACAUCUCUUCUCCUCGGUGCCCAAGUCCACAGCCAGCUCCGGCUUCCUGCAGCUGGGCCUGGAUGAGAACAGCAGACUGAAGGUGUAUCACUACUGAGGCCCGAGGAGC